AUGGGGUAUAAUGGCGUUGGUUUGCCAACCCACACGAUUACAAUAACGCGUUCGAAGCCAUCUAAGAUGUAUAAGGAGAAGGAAAACGUUGUACGUUGGAUCUUUAAAUUCGUAGGACGUCGUAAGAAGAUUCUUUUCAUAAUCUCCACUCUUGUCUUCAUUCGCGUCCUUUACGUCUGGCAUGGUGAAGUUGGUCAGAAAAUUGAAGUUCCUCACAGUGACAGUAAAAAUAAAGAGCAAAUAAGAAACAUCCAUAACAAUUUAUCUUACGUUGUAAAAUCUGCAAAAGCGUAUCGGCCUCGUCCUCCUCCUUAUUUUCGAGGCUAUAAACUUCCUCCAGAUCAUCCCUGUAACAAGUUCACGUUACCUCCUCCACCAGCUGACAAGAAAAGAACCGGACCACGCCCAUGUCCGGUUUGUUACCUUCCAUUAGAAGAAGCAAUAGCGUUAAUGCCAAGCUCACCGUCAUUUUCCCCUGUUCUUAAGAAUUUAACAUAUAUACAUGAGAAGCCACUUAACCGGAAAACAGAGUUUGGAGGUUCAGAUUUUGGCGGUUAUCCGACUUUGAAACAGAGAAGAAGAUCUUUUCACAUCAAAGAAACAAUGAGUGUGCAUUGUGGAUUUGUCAAAGGACCUGAACCUGGAAGAGGAACAGGAUUCGAUAUCAAUGAGAAAGAUCGUCUUGAGAUGAAACGGUGUCGAGGGAUAGUUGUUGUCUCAACAGUAUUCGAUGCUUUUGAUGAUGUGAAGAGCCCUAGCAAUAUUAGUAAAUACUCGGAGCUAACGGUUUGUUUCUUCAUGUUUAUUGAUGAGAAAACCGAAUCAAGCUUGAAGAGAGAUAAAAGCUUUAAUAAAACCACCAAGAAAGUAGGGUUAUGGAGAGUUGUUGUUGUUCAUAACCUUCCUUAUACAGAUGGAAGACGAAACGGAAAGGUACCAAAGCUUCUUGUUCAUAGGCUGUUUCCGAACUCUCGGUAUUCUAUAUGGAUGGAUGGGAAGCUGGACCUUGUGGUCGAUCCACAUCAAAUUCUUGAGAGGUUCUUGUGGAGGGAGAAUGUUACAUUUGCAAUCUCUAGACAUUACAAACGGUUUGAUGUAUUUGUGGAAGCUGAAGCAAAUAAAGCUGCGGGUAAAUAUGACAAUGCAUCAAUAGAUUUUCAAGUGGAUUUCUACAAGAAAGAAGGUUUAACACCUUAUUCUACUGCCAAGCUCCCAAUCACAAGCGAUGUACCAGAAGGAUGUGUCAUUUUAAGAGAGCACGUUCCAAUUAGUAAUCUCUUUACUUGUCUUUGGUUCAAUGAAGUUGAUCGCUUCACUUCUAGAGAUCAAAUCAGUUUUUCAACAGUAAGAGACAAAAUUUCUGCAAGAACAAAAUGGAAUGUGGGUAUGUUUCUAGACUGCCAAAGACGCAACUUUGUGGUUCAGAGAUAUCAUCUAGCGGAUCAAGCAAAACUAAAGAAGAAAGAAACAUCAACGGCCAUUCUCCCUUCACCGGCACUGGUUAGCAGCAAGUUACCUAGAAAGUUAACGAACGUGAGUCAAGUCGUGAUCAUAACACCGCCUAAAAGGCGAGGAAGUGACAGACAGUUGAGUGCAUGGAGUCACAGAAAAGCUACUUUGCCUGCAAGAUCACCAGAGCCAGCUUAA